UGUGAGAUCCCAAAAAUAAGAACGCGGGCGGGGUAGCACCAAAUCAAUGGAGUAUGCGACCCCACAGAGAGGGAAAAUCAAAGACGUAUCUGGGAAAAACUAUCGCGCCUUGUCUGAGAGGAAGCUCCUUCGUUUUCCCCCGUCUACCUCUAGGCAUUCCGAUGGUCAUAUCUCCGGCCACUUUUUCGGUGUCUUCGAACGACGGCUUUCAUAUAGACCAAAUCAAAGAAGACCUUCCAUUUGUUGCUCUUCUGCUCUAUUGACACUCCCAUCGUGGCAGAUUUUUGAGAAGAACCCAACCAAGAUCAAGAACUAUGCAUCCAGAUCAUCAAGACAACCACCAUUCCAGCUAGCCUAUGCAAGAGAGAGUCCACAAUGCCAAUAUUAAGUUCCCCUUGGUGUUCAAGAAGCUCAGGCCUCCAACCAGGAAGCUUAAACCACAUACAGGGCAUCAAGGCCCAACUUGUUUAUGUAAUUCCUAUCAAUGAUUACAUCUUCAAAAAUUGAUAGAUGAAUUGAGUGAUCUAGAGAUAUUUAGAUUAGGAUUUGAGGUUUUAAAAUUUUUUAUUCUUGGGAGAGACCUUUCCCUUGUUUCCUUUUUAUAUCAGUUAUGGUUUAUCUCUGAUGUUUUGAAGUUGGAUGAUGGAGAAGCAACUCGUAGGCUUUAACAUCUUUGAAAUUUGCAAGUUUAAUAGCAUGUAAUUCUGCUUUUGAAUU